AACAGUAUUGACAGUGCUAUAAUCAGGAAGAAGAAGAAGAAGAAGAAUUGGGAAAAUGGCGAUGGAGAGAGGUGAGGUGAUUUACAAAAUUUACAGAGCCCUAACUUAUGGAUUAUCGCCGCUGAUUCAGCUGCAUCUGCGGUGGCGCAAAUUCCGCGGCCUGGAACAUCCUCUCCGCUGGCGCGAGCGUCUCGGACUCCCUUCUCUUUCUCGGCCCCCUGGCCCUCUCUUCUGGUUCCACGCUGUCUCACUUGGUGAAGGAAUGUGUGCGAUUCCUGUGAUCAAAUGCUGCAUAGAGAGGAGGCCUGAUGUAACUGUCUUGAUGACCACAACCACCACAUCAGCAUUUGAGGUAAUAAAGCACCAGCUUCCAAAUAACGUCCUUUAUCAGUUUUCUCCAGUUGACACUCCUGGCACCAUUGAUGCUUUCCUUCGUUAUUGGAAGCCAAGUGCAAUUAUGUUAAUGGAAAGUGAACUCUGGCCAAACCUGAUUAUAGGUGCUGCGAAAUAUCGGAUUGCACUUGCAUUGCUUAAUGCUCGAAUAUCUGCAAAAUCUUAUGGCAGUUGGUCUCAGCCAUUUGUUAAUUCUCUGACAUCAUUAAUGCUCUCCAAAUUCUUGCUGAUUCUUCCACUGAGCACUACCCAGGCAAUUCGCUUUCAACUGCUGCAGUGUCCACCCUUCAUCAUAAAUUUUUGCGGUGACCUAAAGUAUGCUGUAGGGAACAUUGACACAAAUGAAGGGGAUCAAAGAGCGCUGAAAGAGUUGCAGGUACAGCUUAUGAACAGAAAGGUUUGGAUGGCAUCUUCUAUUCAUAAGGGUGAAGAAAAAGUCAUGUUAGGAGUACACAACGCUUUAAAGCAAAUACAUCCGGAUAUCAUCACCAUCAUUGUGCCUCGGCAUCCUCAGCACGGAAAACAAAUUGCUUUGGAAUUGGAGAAAGAUGGAGUAAGGGUAGCAUUACGGUCUCGUCACGAUAAGCUCAUGCCAGGGACAAACAUAUAUGUGGUUGACACAUUAGGUGAAUUACAAAAGUUUUACAGACUAACACCAAUUGCUGUGAUUGGAGGUUCAUUUCUACCAGGUUCAGCUGGUCAUAAUAUUUCAGAAGCCGCUGCAGAAGGCUGUGCUAUUUUAACUGGUCCUUAUAUCGGUCAUUUCUCUCAUAUGGCAACACAGAUGCAACGCUUGAAUCCUUUGUCAGUAUUACAGGUUUCUGGACACAUUCUUGUCGAAGCUCUCAGCAACCUUCUUAGUGAUGCAAAACUUUUGGAAGAACGUCAAGAAGCUGCUAAGCAAGCUUAUCAUGCUCUGUCUUGUGGGAUCACUGAAAAUGUUUGGAGCUUUCUAGACUUCCACAUUUUUCGGAUAGCACUGGCAAACGAAGAUUGUCCUUAGUGAGAUUUGCCUCCCAAGAUGCUUUAUGAGUAAAGAACAGAGAGGACAAGGAUUUUUCAGGGGAGGCCUCAAAACGGAAGUGUAUCACAAGUAUCAGUCCAGUGACAAUGAUGCUUGAUUGGCUCGAGGUGAUGUUAUUGCUGCAAUAUUAACUGUUAAGGCAUGCAAGAGGGGAGCUACUGCAAUUCUCCCGAGUGAGAUUGCUCAAAGAUUGAAAUGAAGAACAUGAUAAUCUGAAUGGAGUGCAUUUGCACUUUUGUGGAUUGGACGCGAUUCUUUGAAAUCGCUGGACUAGUUUGCUGAUUAAAGUUAUUUACACCUUGCAUGGCUUCUCCACUACUGUAUAUUGGCUUAUUCCCUAGCUGCGUCAAGCAACUUCCUGAGCUUUGUGAUGAUUUCAGCUUCUAUCAGGAUCCAUCUAUACAGCUUUCAUCAGAACUCUAUUCUGGGAAUCAGUGCCUCGAAUGUUGACUGUUGUUACUGUGGUAACAGGUAAAUGCAGUCAUAAUCUUCAUCGCAGAGGUGACCUAGGUGAAAAAUGUCCAGAAAUUUGUUCAGUUAACAAGUUGUUACAGUUAUGGCAAACUAUGGCUGGGAAAUGAACAAUGACAACAUUGACUAAUGCUGAGAAGUAGAGUAUACUCUGUAUUCGACAUACAAAAUGCAGAUUAAAUUAACUAGAACAACUGUGUUUUUCUUUUGUUUGUUAUAAUCGCGGUAUUCAAGCCAAUUGGCGCGCAUCACUACUAAUUCACGGGUGACGGGUACUUACUAUCUUCCACCAAA